AUGGCACUAUUUAACCUUUCUUCUAGCGAGUAUGAAAAAAUUAAAGAAAUAAACGCUGAUGAUUUUGAUAAUGCUGUUAAGAACAUAAAAAGCAUCAAUUCCAAUCCUGAUAACCGCCAUCAAAAUAAAGUAGCUAUUAAUCUAAAUAAUACUAAUUUACAAGCAAAGUUGGAUGAAGAUAUAUUUUUUAAAGCUGAGCACGAUUUUGUAUGCAAUUCGAUUGAAAUGAACAAUAAUAACUUUGAGAUAAAAAGUAAAAUAGCCAACAUAAUUGAAGAUGUGGAAAUUCUUCAAAACCAUCAAGAUUUAGAUGAUUCUUCUGAUUCUGAACAGAUUUUUAGUACUUUCUGUCAAACAUUGAAUUCUGAACCUGAUAUAAACUUAUUUGAUUCAUCAAUCAAUGCUAUUAACAAUACAUUGGAAAACAAAAAAAAUACAAAAAUAUCUGAGAUAUCAAAUGAUGACAUUGUUUUUAGUAUGGAUUCUUCUCAUUUCUGUCACCAAAAAACUCAUUAUAAUUCAGUUUUUUCAGAGGCAGUAGUAACUCAGGAAUUUAAACAAGAUAAUGGCGAUGAAAAGAAAUUUCUUCAAAAUACGAAUUCUUUUGACUUACCAUUUUUUAAAAAAUCCAAAUCCAAAGAAAUUGCUACCCAGUUAGAAAAUCACACAGAUUUUAAUUCUAUAACUACAAGUAGCGAUGACAUUAUUUUUUAG